AUGGCCCUUGUGUGUGUGAUGGGAGAUUUUUCUGCAGUGGAAUUAGAGAAGAUGGUUCUAUUGGAUGGCAUGGGUGAUGCAUGCCGAAUGCCCCGCCGUACAGCCGCUGAACGUCGAGCGCGGCCGAAGUGGGCCAACGAGAGCGCGCACAGGGCGAUCAGGAAGCAUCCAGACGAACUGCAGCGCUCCCGUUCCCAGCUCAAGAAGAUGCAGGCCUCCCUCCCAGAGUUCUUCGGCAACGGCGAGCUCUGGGACAGGCCCCUUGCGAUUGUCCCGGCCUCGCCCUUCUGGCCGAGCAGGCCCCAUAGCACCUGGACGUGCUGA